AUGGUCUCGUAUAAAGAAGUCCAAGCCUCGAACGCGCUCAUCAACGACACGACGGCGCCACGGGUCGCCGUCUUCGUGGGCGGCACGUCGGGCAUCGGAAAGUCCACGGCGAGGGCCCUGGCCCGCACCGGCGCGAGCGUGCGGAUCUACAUCGUGGGGCGGCAGGGCUCGGAGGAGCGCGCGAGCGCCUUCGCCCGAGAGCUGCGGGCCGACAACCCCAGGGCGGAGGUCAUCUGGACCGCGGGCGAGGUCUCGCUGCUCGCGGAAGCAAGGAGGGUGUGCGAGGUCAUCCGGGGCAGGGAGUCGCGCGUCGACCUGCUGUUCCUAACCGCUGGCUAUGGGCCCUACGGCGCGCGCACCGAGACUGCCGAGGGCUUGGAGGUCAGUCAGAGCCUCUCGUACUACUCGCGGGUGCUGUUUGUUCUCCGGCUUCUUCCGCUCCUGCGCGAGGCGGAGGCCCCGAGGGUAAUCAGCGUUUUGGCAGGCGGGUUGGAGAGGGCUUCGAUCGACUUGGAUGACUUGCAGCUGCAAAAGCCCAGCAAUUUUGGUGGUGUGAAUGGCCAGAUGCUGUACGGAGUCAUGAACACGGCGACUUUGGAAAUGCUGGCCGGCCAGAAUCCUGGCGUGACUUUUAUCCACUCUUGGCCGGGGAUUGUCAAUACGGGAAAUGUACAGCGGGGUCUGAAUCCCAAUUCCAUCUGGGCCUGGGCCGUCUGGCUUCUCGUCGAUCCCUUGAUCAGGCGGUUCGGGCUCAGCGAAGAGUCGUCUGGCCAGAGGUAUUUAUUCCAAAGUACUAGCGCUGCUUUUGGAGGCCGCGGAGUACCAUGGAAGGGCCAGCUAGGUUUGAAUUCGCUGGGGAAGCAGGCAGAUGGACUAUUCCUCGUCAAUUACAAGUGUGACUGCACUCCGAACGCCAAAGUGAUGCCGCAACUUCGAGAGAAGGCCCAGGGGAGGAUCUGGGAGCAUACGCAAGAAAUUCUCCGACCUUGGUUGUAA